UAUGCUAUUAUGCUACUACUACCUAGUACGCAUAGUAUGCUGCUAUUUCUAUUAUUUCCACGUAUAUCCCACGAGGGCUCUAGCGGGUCUUGGUCUCCAUUACAGAAGGCGAUCCCAAUUCCCAAUUUGUCAAGCCUUCCCAGACUAGCACGUCGGCAAAAUGGGACGGGAAUUUCGAGACCCCGACCCCUUCUGGUGGAGCAUGUCUUCGACAAAGGUAGCAUAGUAACGACCCUGGAUUUCAUAAACUGGCUCUCGCAGCUCUCGUAAGGCUGACCAAGGCCUCGGUAUAUGAUAACCAUGCUUACCAUGCAGCCUAGCCUUUCUUUUUCGACUGCAAGAUCUGUCAUAUUGCUGUCAUUUUUUUCUCUUUCGACGCUAGGCCCUAUGGGAGCGACUUUAGGAAAUGUAGGCUAUCGUAAACUACAUAUCCUAUGCGGGACGUCACACUCGAUAUGCGUUGGUGGUGAAGAUGUCUUCCUUAAGCAAACUAGGCGCUCCACCCGUCUAGAGACAAACGAGCCUAGCUGUCCCACUCGACGAGGAGCUGCGGUAUGCACAGUACAGUACAUACAUACGUACAUGCGUACAUUAUACCUAUUAUACCUGUCUAGUUUAUACAAAUGCAAAUGCAUACGUAUUACAUAGUAGACUACUGGACAUGACAGGACCGAAACGAAGUCCGGGACCAC